AUGAAUCCCCAUCAUCUCGAUAAUCGGACCCCGUCGCCCGGGCGUCCACUGAACCAAUCUUCUCAUUCAUUACAUCCCUACCAACAUGAAACCGAGUUCCGACCACUGCAGAUGCCCUCAACAGAUGAGUUGCUGGAUCAACCGACGUAUUCCGUUGAAGGCAUCAACAACUCCUACGGCCAUAAUGAGCGAUUCGAAGACCACUACCCCCAAAACUACCCCCAUGAAUAUACGUUACGGCCGGAAGAACAUCAUGACGCCUACUAUACCCAGCCGUACGAGCCAACAGGAACUCCUCAUGAUGAUUAUGACCUAGCCAACUAUCCUCCCCAAAACGCUUCUCCAUACCAAGAUGACCGUGUUCCAAUCUUACAAUCCGACAACCCAUACGGCCCAAACCCAUUCGAGCCUCCGGGCUACCAACAGCCCGGAGAGUACACUGAUGACCCUCCUUUACAACCUGAGCCAACUCCGAGUCCGGCGCCGAUUCGGCGAUGGAAAACCGUGAAAGAGGUUCAGCUUUUCCGUGGAAAUUUAGUUCUUGAUUGCCCUGUGCCACCCAAGCUGUUGAAUCAAGUUCCCCAUGCGCAACCACCCGAGCGUGAUGAGUUCACUCACAUGCGCUAUUCCGCUGCUACUUGCGAUCCAGCAGAUUUCUACAGCGAGCGAUUCACGCUCCGACAGACUCUGUUUGCCAAACCACGACACACAGAACUGUUUAUUGUCGUUACCAUGUACAAUGAAGACGAAUUCUUGUUCGCGCGCACAAUGAUCGGUGUCUUCAAGAAUAUCGAAUACAUGUGUUCGAGAAGCAACAGCAAGACGUGGGGAAAGGAAGCCUGGAAAAAGAUCGUGGUUUGUGUUAUUAGUGAUGGUCGUGCUAAGAUCAACCCUCGCACGCGUGCUGUUCUCGCAGCCUUGGGUGUGUAUCAGGAUGGUAUCGCCAAGCAACAAGUCAACGGUAAGGACGUGACAGCCCAUAUUUACGAGUAUACAACGCAAUUGGCUCUGGAAUUGAAGGGUACCCAAGUUAGCAUCAAAGGACGAUCUGCGACUCCAGUCCAGAUGGUGUUUUGUUUGAAAGAGAAGAAUCAGAAGAAGAUCAACUCUCAUCGGUGGUUCUUCCAGGCCUUUGGUCGUGUUUUGGAUCCAAAUAUCUGUGUCUUGCUCGACGCCGGUACACGACCCGGCCGCGAUUCUGUCUACCACCUCUGGCGAGCGUUUGACUUGGAGCCAAUGUGCGGAGGUGCUUGCGGUGAGAUCAAGGUCAUGUUGGACAAGGGUAAAAAGCUCAUCAACCCGCUUGUUGCGGCACAAAAUUUCGAAUAUAAGAUGAGUAACAUCCUGGACAAGCCUCUUGAAUCAGCUUUUGGUUUCAUUUCCGUCCUGCCUGGUGCUUUCUCGGCCUAUCGUUAUGUCGCCUUGCAGAACGACAAGACUGGUCAGGGCCCGCUGGAGAAGUAUUUCGCGGGUGAAAAAAUGCAUGGUGCAAAUGCUGGAAUUUUCACAGCUAAUAUGUACUUGGCUGAAGAUCGAAUUCUUUGCUUUGAAAUCGUCACGAAACGUAACUGUCGCUGGCUUCUGUCUUAUGUUAAGUCUUCAAACGGAGAAACUGACGUACCUGACCGUAUGGCUGAAUUCAUCCUGCAGCGUCGUCGUUGGUUGAACGGCAGUUUUUUCGCAGCUGUAUAUGCAAUUGCUCACUUCUAUCAAGUCGGCAGGAGCAGUCACAGCUUCAUGCGGAAGUUCAUGCUUGCAUUCGAGUUCAUCUUUCAGACGAUCAACAUGCUCUUUUCCUGGUUCGCUAUCGGUAAUUUCUUCUUGGUCUUCCACAUCUUAACACAGUACCUGGGUUCAGCCGACCUCUUAGGAACAGCGGGUAAAGUCUUGGGUGUCGUCUUUGAGUGGAUCUAUCUGUCCACCCUUGUGGCAUGCUUUAUCUUGUCUCUAGGCAAUCGGCCGCAAGGUUCGAACAAAUGGUACAUGACUAUGGUUUAUUUCUGGGUGAUCGUUAUGAUUUACCUUACAUUUGCGGCUAUAUUCGUCACUGUCAGGUCGAUCCAGGAAGAUGUGAAAGAUAAUGGUUUCACCUUUAGUGAUCUAUUUACCAACUCUCAAUUCUUCACCAUCAUUGUAUCACUUGCUUCAACAUACGUGAUGUGGUUUAUUGCUUCCUUAGUCUUUUUUGACCCUUGGCACAUGUUCACUUGCUUCAUUCAAUAUAUAUUACUUUCACCAACAUAUACAAAUGUCCUCAACGUCUAUGCAUUUUGCAAUACUCACGACGUUACAUGGGGUACAAAGGGAGACGACAAAGCCGAAAAACUACCCUCUGCCAAUGUCAAGCCUGGUGGAAAGGUCGAUGUUAAUAUCCCACAAGACAGUGGCGAUUUGAAUGCGCAAUACGAUCUCGAAUUGUCUGCGUUUGCUAGCAAACCGCCAAAGGAAGUGCGCAUUGUCUCCGAGGCAGAGAAACAAGAGGAUUAUUACAAGGGCUUCCGAAGUGGUGUUGUCUUGAUCUGGAUCUUUUGCAACUUUGCCCUCGGCGCUGUUGUACUGAGUACUGCUGGGUUGGAAACUUUUGACAACGGCAGCAAUGCAACUGACGCCCAGAACAAGCGGGCCAAUAUUUACAUGUCUGUCAUCUUGUGGAGUGUUGCUGGUCUGUCUCUUAUCAAGUUCUUUGGAGCGAUGUGGUUCUUGGUUGUGCGCAUGGUAAGAUUAACCCCUUUUUUAAUAAUGCAACAUGCUAACGUUGAAUCUAGUUCCGCGGAGUUUAAUCCAAUGUUUAUUAGUUCUUGCUUCCUACUGUCAACACCUAUGUAUAUGUUAUAA